AGACAAACUAAAAUGAAAAUGGCAGACUCGAAGCGACCGAGUCAAGUGCGAUUAAUGGCUUUUUUGGGCUUUUUCUUCGCCCUCUUCGCUACAGGAAGCUCCACCGCUCAAGUGCCUCUCCUCAUGUGGCCCAGUGAAGGGUUUAGUUUACCACCACUGGGCUUAUCUUCAGCUGGUCACAUAACAUCAAACGACCAGUUAACUGCCUACCUCACCUCCGCCUUUGGCCACAGCCCCCACACUGUGCUGCUGUUCCUGCAGGACAAGCUGAGCAAAGAUGACUUCACAGUGUUUGGUGGAGCUUUUGGAAACAAGCAGGAUAGCGCCUUUCAAAACCUUCAGGCUGCGCUACAGUCUUCCUCCUCAUCGGUGACGCUCCCUGCCUUAGAGUGGUCCGGCUCCUCGGUCAUCCCGGCUCUGCUGCAGGAGAAGCUCGGUGUCUCGCCUUUGCUCGUAGACGCAGACACUCUGUCACAGCUCAGCAUCAACACAUCUGUCAGCAAUCUGCUGCUCAUCAAUCUUCCUUAUUGUGCUGGGUCGCAAAAGUCUUGCAAGGAAGUCCUACAUGACAACGAUGAAAUUAUUGGGAAAGUUCUGGAUAUCAUGAAAGCCAAAAAUGUUCAUUACACUGCAAUAUACACAGGACUCCAGCCAUCACGAGUGAUUUCAGAGACGUCUAUGACUAACGAUGGUGUGGGUCGCUCCUUGCUCCAAACAGCUGCACCCACUGUCAAAGCACCCAUCGUGUUCAGUGAGUCCGGUAACCCUUGCAUCAUGCUCUGGGCUCAGAAUCUCAGUAUCAGCAUCACAACCGCUUGGAUCGACCUCGCUACAGAAACGCCUACCUUGACAGGAUCCGUGUGCAACGACACCAACUCCCUGCUUGUCCUCAAUUAUCCAAGUGGUGUUAUUCUAAGCUUCUCCCUGAGUCAGCAGUUUUAUCCCGUGUCUGCGAGGAACUGGUCGACCCUGGACACGGUGCAGCUGCGCGCUAACGGCACGACCGCGACUUUCCUCGGCCGCCGCGGCAUCUACAGCCCCGCAGAAUACUCCUUCCACUGCCAGUCCGUCACCAGCUUCCAGGACGCUCUGCUGGUUCCAAACAACACCCUGCAAAACGUAACAGAGUGGAAGCUCAACUUUGUCGACUUCCAGAUUCAGGGAUUCGGUUUGAACAACGGAACAAAUUUCUCCUACGCCAGUGACUGUGCAAGCUUCUUCACCCCUGGGAUCUGGAUGGGGCUUCUGACCUCACUGCUCAUGUUGUAUAUUUUCGUGUACGGCCUGCACAUGAUCAUGCAGCUUAACACCAUGGAUCGAUUCGACGACCCCAAAGGCCCGUCAAUUUCAGUGCCUCAAACGGAGUGAAACGCUCCAAACACACAUGCACACUCCUCAUUCCUGCAGUGCCUCCCAAAAGAAGCCGCCUUUUGUCUUUUUCGGUUUUUCCUUUUUUUUCCUUAUGUUUCUCUGAUAUUCUCUCCUGCGGUUAUUCCUUCCUGAAUCCUCACACAGCUGUCUUUUGGGAUACAAGGCAUCUUCCAUUUCAUCUCUCUACAUUUGCAAGUGCCAAAAUGGAUACACAUUUUUAAGAUCUGAGUUGAAAUUGAGUGGAUGUGCUUAAAAAAAAAAAAGAGUUCAUGUUUUUUGCGCCACUGUUUGUCAAACACAGCGGAUAUCUUACUUUAAAAAUAAAUAAAUUGCACUCUUGCCAGAUUAAUGCCUUCCGUGCCAAGGUGAAUGUGAUUGCUGGAUGCUGUAGGACCGUUUCAGACCUCAGUUCUUCCCUUUUUUUUAAUUUUACCCCUGCUUAUUUUAAGACUACUGGUGAUGAAAGAAGUGCCUGUAUAUGAAGAGUUGAUCGCCCUUUGUGACUGUAUUCUGAAAUAUUGCUAUUUUUGGAAUUGCCUUACAGAAGUAUACUAAUACUUUAAGUUGACUUUAGGUUUUUUCUCACUUCUCAUCGUCAAAUCAAUACAUGAGUGCCACCACUGCAAUCCAAUGUUUUCCUAACUUAUUUAUAUAUAUUAAAAAGAAUAAUAAUAACCUGCCUUUAAAGUUUACUUCAGGUUCAUCAGUAAAUACGGCAGUGGAUUGGUUCUGCAUUUGUCAGACUUAUCGAUGUGCAAUUGCCAUGACGUGUCUUUAAUUGCAAAUAAAGAUAUCUUUUAAAAUAUGA